AGUUGACACUUGAGGAUGGUAUUCCAGGGGAUCCAGACAUUUGGCAUCGCCACGGCGCUGAUCGGAUUGCUCGGCGUGAUUGUCACCUUGGCACUGCCCCAAUGGAGGGUGUCGGCGCUCGAUGAGAACGCCGCCGUCAUAUCGAUGACCUUCUGGGACGGCCUGUGGAAAAGCUGCGUGGUGACAACAAUGGGUCUAAUGCAGUGCAGUGUCUAUGACUGGGUGCUGGUACUGCCUUUUGAUGUGCAGGCGGGAUUCGCCUUGACCGCCAUCUCCAGUCUGGUCGGCGUCUUGGGCACGGUGUUGUCUGUGGCCGGGGGGAGAGGCAUCAACUGCAUCAAGUACCCACAGUCCAAGGCGUCCAAGGCGUACGUUGUGGCUGGAGUGCUCUUCGUCAUGUCGGGGCUUCUGUUCCUGAUUCCUGUUUCCUGGUUGGCCUACUCCAUGAUCGAAAAUUUCAACAACCUGUUUGUGCCCCCAUCAGCGAAGACAGAGAUAUUCGCCAUGGGCCGCAUCGCCAAGGAGAUCUCCGGGCAGAUUCUGUGCUUCGUGGGCUUCGUGGGCGUCUGCCUGACCACGGGACUGCCCAUGUGGCGCGUCACGUCCUUCAUCGGCGCCAACAUCGUGACGGGCCAGACGGUCUGGGACGGCCUGUGGAUGCGCUGCGUGAUGCAGGCCACGGGCCAGAUGCAGUGCAGCAUCCAGGACUCCAUCAUGCGGCUGACGCAGGACCUGCAGGCCGCGCGCGCCCUGGUCAUCAUCGCCGUGGUCAUCGGCUUCGUGGGCAUGAUGCUGACCUUCAUCGGCGGCCGCUGCUCCAGCUGCCUGAAGAACGAGUCCAGCAUGUCCAAGGUGGUCAUCAGCGGCGGCGUGCUCUGCAUCGUGGCCGGCGUCGUCUGCCUGAUCCCCGUCUGCUGGUCGGCCGCCGUCACCAUCCAGGACUUCACGAGCGCGCUGACCACCGAGACCCAGAAGCGGGAGAUCGGGGCGUCCAUCUACAUCGGCUGGGCCUCCGCGGGGCUCCUCAUCCUGGGGGGCGCUCUGCUGAGCAGCUCCUGCCCCGACGACGAGCGCAAAUACCGCCAGCCCAUGUACCCCUACGUGCAGCCGGGCGUCUACGGCCCCGGCACGUACAUGGCGCCCUCCAAGACCUACGCGCCCAGCAUGACGUACGCCGGCCCAGGGUCGUACAUGCCCAACAAGCCCUACGCCGCACCAUCGUACGCGGCGCCCGGCCGGUAUCUAUAACAAGGUGGACUAUAUUAUGAAGCUGACGGGACUUGUCUGUGGGGGUUUGCUGAUCAACUGUGAAUCAGCGAGUUUUUUUUAGCUGCUCUGGAGAGCAUUCCUGAGAGAGUGUUUACUCUUUACUCUUUCUGAAGUGUGUUGUUUGUUUAUCUGCUGAGAAGUUUUAGCAUGUUGAUGUAAUGAAGAAAAACAAAAUGGCGUGUUGAAAUGGUGUAGAAGAACCUCAAAUGUUGUGAUGUUGUCAGGUUUACACAGAGAGAAGGCUUCACACAGAGACCAAAGAUAUACACACUGUCAUACAAAAGAAGUUUGCACAAAUUGAUACUCUUGUUGAAGUGACAUUUUCAUGACAAAUGUAAAUAGAAAAUUGUAAAAAGAAAUGCUGAAUUGCUCUUGAUGUUCGUGUCUGAAGUGUGAUCUGUAUUAUUAUGAAAAUACUUUGACAAUAAAUCAUAUUUUAUAAGA